CAGCCCCCUCCUCCUCCGGCCCCGCUCCCGCUCUCCGCCCCGUCAUGUGACGCGCGCCGGAGAUGCCCAGGGAAAGGCUCUGGCUCCGGGCUGCCUCUCCGUGGCCUGCAGGCUGGGGCGCCGGGCGGGAGGAGCGGCGCCCGGGCUCGCUGCCCGCCGGCCGGAGCACCGCCAGGAGCCGGGCAAGGGGCCGCGCCGCCCGCCGGAGGGGUCCCUUGCGGUGACAAUGGACAUCAGUGGUCUCCCAGUGGAGCUGUGGCGUCUGAUUUUGUCCUACCUGCAUCUUCCUGACCUGGGCCGCUGCAGCAUGGUGUGCAGGGCAUGGUAUGAACUCAUUCUUAGCUUAGACAACACACGAUGGCGACAGCUGUGUCUGGGCUGCAUUGAGUGCAGGCACCCAAACUGGCCCAACCAGCCUGACGUGGAGCCCCAGUCUUGGAGAGAAGCCUUCAAACAGCACUACCUAGCCUCAAAAACCUGGUCUAAGAACACCCAAGACCUUGAAUCUUCCAACUGUUUCUACUUAUUCCGACGGAAGAAGGAUCGCCGUGUCCUCUGUGUAGGGCCUGGGUAUGAGUUUGAAAGCCUCCGAGUUGCCUUGGCCGCUGCCAACCCCUAUGAUCGGAUUGUGCUGCUGCCUGGGGUGUAUGAAGAGCAAAGUGAAAUUGUCCUGAAGGUGCCAGUGGAAAUCGUGGGGCAGGGGAAGCUGGGGGACGUUGCCCUGCUAGUCAGCAUCGACCAGCACUGCCAAACCACUCGCCUGUGUAAUGUAGUGUUUAUGCCUGCCUGGUUCACCCCGGUGGUCUACAAGACAACCUCUGGCCACGUCCAGUUUGACAACUGCAACUUCGAGAAUGGGCAGUUACAGAUCCAUGCGCCAGGCACGUGCCAGGUGAAGUUCUGCACCUUCAAUCAAUGUAGCAUCAAUUUCCACAGCGUGGCCCUCUGCGUCCUUGAGAACUGUGAGUUCAUUGGCAGUGAAAAUGCCUCUGUGACUGUGGAGGGCUCCCCGACCUCUGAUCGGAACUGGGCCUGCAAGCACCUGACCAUGCUGGCCAAGUCCCGCUCUGUUCUGUUACAGGCCCCAGAUUCCUCAUCUUGCAGCAGGUCAAAACAUGAAGACUGGGGGGACUCUCCAGUGGGGAAUAUAAGGACCUGUGAGAUUGUGGUAGGUGGGGACCACAGUAACUUACCUCCUGCCUUAAGGACUCCACCAGCGCUUGAGCAGACUUGCGAGAAGGAGGCUGAGCUCAAUGGGAACCUUUAUACAGCCAAGGAGGGGGAAGCCAUGACCCUUGACACAGACUCUAGUGAUAGCGAGUUGAGCACCGGCAGUGAGAAUGAGGGAGACGACCAAUCGAUGUACAAGCUGUCCUAUCAGGCCCAUAGCCUGAGUCACAUGCUGACCAAAGUUAUCUACAGCCGGCCACAAACCAAUGGGUUGAAUGCCCUCCAGAAUGACUUUGAGCUCAAAAGUCUGGAACAGGAGCUGCAAAGAGACAAGGAGGCCCAGUCUCUUGCCAACUCUCUGCAAGGAUGCCUCAUCCGGCGGUGCCUUUUCAGGGAUGGGAAGGGUGGAAUCUUUGUCUGCUCACAAGGGCAAGCCAAAAUGGAAGGGAGCAUCUUCAGGGACCUGACCUAUGCAGUGCGAUGCAUACAAAGCAGCAAGGUGCUGUACAGGCUGGUCAUCAUGCUGAAGAAUGACAUCCACCACUGUAAAGCCUCGGGGAUAUUUCUCCGCCUGUCAGCGGGAGGUCUGAUUGCAGACAAUAACAUCCACUCUAAUUGUGAGGCUGGGGUGGACAUCCGGAAAGGAGCCAGCCCUCUGAUACUGUGUAAUAAGAUACACAGUGGCCUUCGCUCAGGCAUCGUUGUCCUUGGCAACGGAAAAGGCAUCAUCCGUAGCAAUCAGAUCUAUGGGAAUAAAGAAGCCGGCAUUUAUAUCCUGUAUAAUGGAAACCCCAUAGUGAGUGGAAACCAUAUUUUCCAGGGUCUGGCGGCUGGAAUAGCAGUGAAUGAGAAUGGAAGAGGCCAAAUAAUAGAAAACGUCAUUCGGGAGAAUCAGUGGGGCGGGGCAGACAUCCGGCGUGGUGGCGACCCCGUGCUGAGGAACAACCUGAUCUGCUGCGGUUACUCAGAUGGAGUGGUGGUGGGAGAGCGUGGGAAGGGGCUUAUCGAGGGAAACACCAUUUAUGGGAAGCCCCAGGGCCUGAACACAUGUGGCAAAGAAGUGGUAGCAGAAGAAGAGGGCCUUAAUUCGGAUCUAGGGAUAGCCCAUGGCUGCCCACAGUCAUCCCACAUAGUGGCAGGAGGUCCCGGCAUGGAAGCCAGCACUUCUCAGUUCCAGUCCAGUUGGCAUCAGCUUCCCCAGAAUCCUCCUUGGCUCUGUAGUACAAGUGUACAUGGCAACAAAGGCUGUGGUGUGUGGAUAAUGGCAUCCAGCCUCCCUCACAUCACCAACAACCAAAUUGGGCACAACAGCAUCUAUGGGGUGGCGGUGUUUUGCCGCAAAGAUGACGCCAAUGACUAUCUUGCCAACCAAGGAGGCAAUGAGAGCUUCAACGAUGAGGGGGAAGCUGCCAUCUGGGAGAAUGACCUGGACAGUGAGGAUGAGCGCUUUGCCUCCCGACGGCUCAUCAGUGUGGCACUGGUAGAGUCGAACAGCAUCAACCACAAUGGAGCUGCUGGGCUGUACAUCAAGAGCAGUGAAGCACUGAACAUCAUUGCCAAUGCCAUCCAUGCCAACCAGGACAGUGGGGUCACGGUCUUUCAGAGCACCCAGCUCACUCGAAUAGCGAACAACAGCAUCUCCUGCAACAGCCUCGGGGGCAUCCUUGUGGAAACAGAGUGCAGGGUGGAGCUCCGUGGUAAUGGGAUAUAUGACAACAGCAGCCAUGGCAUCGCCUGCAAGGGGGACGGGGCCAUUGUUGAGAAUGAUAUCAUAGGCAAUCUUGGGUGUGGCCUCAAGUUGUUACAGACAGCGAACAUGAAGGUAACCAAGAACAGGAUCCAGGCAUUGCAGGAUUAUGGGAUCUUGAUACUCGAUCAAACCAAGGGUCUGGUGCAGGAUAACCUGAUUUACCAAGGAAAGUCCAAAAAAAACAUUUUGCAGCAGGUGUCAAAUGCCGAAGAUUGCAUUGUCCAGAACAACAAGCUUCUCACCUUCAAGAGAAAGUCUGACAUUGCAUGGACCCUGGAGAACCCUCCAGCACGACCUCACAUUGAAGUAACAGCCCGAGGAGUCUCAACAGCAACAAACAGCCAACGCGUUACAACCAUGACAACUAGGUUUGCGGCAAGGGUGGACGGGGGGUGCCACAACAACGGGAGCAUCUUCUGUACUAUUCUUUGAUUCCCACAAAGGUUUUCUCAAGUGUCUUUUUAGAGACCAGGCCAGGAAGCUUAUCCUGUGGGAGGAGGAAGAGGAUUUUGCUCUGUGCUCUUCAUUUUAACCUCCUUGUUUUUAUCACUCAACAAUUUGGCUGCUGAUGGAGCUUAUAGUGCAUUCUUAUCAGGAACAGCAGGGAGACCUUGCCAUCAGCUCUUCUUUUCUAUUUGACCCAUGAGAUCACUCCUGUGGCAAUUGCCAGCAGAUCAGUUGCCCUGGAUAAAGCUCAGUAAUGCCAAUGUGUGGCUGUUUGAUGGGUCUGGCCUACUGUCUCCUCAGUAGCCUCAUGAUGAAGCUUGGAGUAAACUGUUUUUUUCCCCCAAAGAACCGGAACUGUUCCCCAGCACAGAAAGAAAGACUUGAUCAUGAGGACAAGAGUGAAAGCUGUUUGCUGCUUCUCAAAGUCUCGAAUUGAUUUGAAGCCCUUGGCAAUGCAGGACAGGAACCCAACAACAAAAAUGUAGGCAGGAUUUUGAUUUAUUUGUAUUUUCUGAAUUUAAAAAAUACAUAUUUGAGAACCUCAUACUGCAGACCUGCUUUGUCAACAGCCACCUGUAUUUGUGACAAGAGUGCAGGGUUUUAGAAACUAAAAUUGUGUCCUGUGUAAUCUGGUUUAUCUACAGGGAAUAACUGCUUAUAACAGUUCUGAAUUGUAGCAUAAGAUUUGUUCUUGGCCUUUCUGAUGGACCUAUGUCUAGAUGUUAGCUGAGUCCUAACACUGGAGAUGAGUUAGGACCAGAUCUGCACUGAUGCUAACAUGGUAGUGAACGAAGAGGAGCAAUCAGAAUAAAAUUAGGCUCUUUUAAUCACUAGGAGUCAUCCACGAUAGGGAAUUGUUCACGGUAGUCAGGAAAGUGAUUCCAUGACUAGUUCCCCUUCAGCCAAUAUUGCUACCAGCUAGUACAGAUGCAACGUUGUCCACCCUGUUUUCUAGAAUUUAUUGAGAUUUCUCAAGCCAAUGUAUCAAUGUCCGGACACAGAUGGAUCCCAAAGUGCUUUUGCAAGGAUGAAAUGAGGACACAUGGUUCAGCUGGUAGAUCAUAGUGACUAGAGAAAGGGAAACUGAGAAAUAAACCAUGUCUAGUGCUGUAUCAUCAGAGUGAAAAACCCUUUGCCCUGAGCCUGGGUUCAGAUGGAGAUUGUCUGUAUAAAAUCCAGGUGCGACAUCUGUGCUUGGAAGUCGGUCACCUUCUGUGUGAAGGCUUUGUAGCGUGCCUCCCUAAUACUGUUACAAUUUAGGAAGGGUAGUGGGGUAGUAUGAAACUGUUGCUGCCUGCUGCAGUAUGUCAGAGUCGCAGUUUGCUCUUUCAUACUUUUUACCUUGCGCCAGAUCCUCAGCUGAUGUGACCUGGGAUCAACCCAUUGGCUUCAGUGGAUUUACACCAGCUGAGGGACUGGGCCCUUCUCUUCAGGGGAGUUCCUUCUGGCUGUUUCUUACCCAUCUCGCUUUCUAUCAUUCACACCACAUGCCAGACCUUUGGCAGCUACCAAAUGAUGUUUCUCCAUUGACCCCUAUGGACAUUGUAAUCAGCUGAGGAUCUGACCCUGGGUUAUUUUUUAAAGAAAAACCAUUGAUUUGUGUAAGAACUUUUGUAAUAAAAAAUGUAUAUGACAAAAAUAAACACUAUAUUUUAGAAGUUGCA